UGCAUUUUAUCAGAUAAGGCAAACAGGUACAGGAACUCUUCCCUUCCUUUGAAGUUUGAACCUCAUUUCAUCUUCACUCUUCCCACCAUGCUUUCUGCAACUGUAAACGCCCACAUGCUCAUCUCUCUUUCCAAUUCCAAUAAACCCUUCUCUUCUUCUUUCCUUAGCCACUACUCUUCCCUCUUUAUCUCCCUAUCUCCAUCCCCAAAAACCCCUCUAAAACCCAUAUCAGCCACUUUAAUCCCUGCCUCUCCACCUCCUUCUAAUCAGCAACUUUACCAGCCCUUUAGACCUCCUCCUUCUCCUCUCCCUUCCCAGUACAGAUCCCUCGACACUGCCUCUCGUCUCGAUAUCCUCGCCAAUCGCCUUGCCCUCUGGUACGAGUACGCCACUUUAAUCCCCUCUCUUAUUCAAGAAGGCUUCACCCCACCAUCCAUUGAGGAAUGUACUGGCAUUUCUGGGGUUGAGCAGAACCGUCUAGUCGUUGCAGCUCAAGUUCGUGAAUCUCUUGUUCAGUCUAACACUGAACCACAAAUUGUUUCCGCAUUUGAUACUGGAGGUGCAGAGCUACUUUACGAAAUUCGGCUCCUGAGUGCUACACAGCGAGCUGCAGCUGCCCGCUUCAUAAUCGAGCGCAAGUUAGAUGCCAAGGGCGCUCAGGACCUAGCACGCUCCAUGAAGGAUUACCCUCGUAGGCGUGGGGAGAAGGCAUGGGAGAGCUUUGAUUACACUCUCCCUGGAGAUUGCCUGUCAUUUAUGUAUUACAGGCAAGCCAGAGAGCAUAAGAACCCAUCGGAGCAGAGGACAAAUGCUUUGGAGAUGGCAUUGGAUGUUGCUGUGUCUGAAAAGGCAAAAAGUGCGGUUUUGAGCGAACUGCUAGGAGAGGGUGAAGGGGAAGAUGAGAAGGAAGAGGAAAUAAGAGAUGGCGUUCGUGUUCCAGUUGUGAGAUUGAAGAUUGGUGAAGUUGCAGAGGCGACUAGCGUAGUGGUAUUACCUGUUUGUAGAGCAGAGGAGAGGGAAAGAGAAAUAUUGGAAGCUCCAUGGGAGUGCAGGACUGAGGGUGAGUUUGGUGUGGUGGUGGCAGAGAAAGGGUGGAAAAGAUGGGUGGUGUUGCCAAGGUGGGAGCCAGUGGUGGGAUUGGAGAAAGGAGGAGUGGUGGUGGCUUUCACAGAUGCAAGGGUUUUACCUUGGAAGGUGAAUAGAUUGUACAAGGAAGAGGCUAUUUUGGUGGUGGCUGAUAGGGGGAGGAAGAAGGUGAAUGUGGAUGAUGGAUUUUACUUGGUGGCUGUUGAUGACAAUGGUGAUGGUCGUAGUAGUGCAUUGAAGGUGGAAAGGGGUUCCGAGUUGAAGGAAAGGGGUGUUGGGGAGAGUUUUGGGACAGUGGUUUUGGUGGUUAGACCACCAAAAGAAGAGACUGAUGAUCAACUAUGUGAUGAAGAUUGGGAGUGAAAAAGGUUAAUGGGAUGGCAAAGCCAUGCUAAUAUUUGAUUAAAUGGAGGAAAUUGCCCAUGAUAAUAAAGAAGGAAACUUGAACCUCAUCCUCAUGAGGGCUUCAUUUAAAUACCCAGUGGCAGGUUUUUUUCCAUUUUGUUGCCAAAACUAGUGAUGCUGGUGUAAUACUUUACUAAUGUUAUUUGUUAGAGCCAACAAUAUAUAUAUAUAUAUAUUUUUGGCCAAAUAGAAUUUUGUGAUGGAUAGAAGGAUUAAGUAUUCAUAAGCCAUUGUCCUUUUUACAUUUAUUUAUCAUGAAGUGCAUACUGGAUUUUUCAA